AUGUCAGCAGAGCAUGGGAUGGCAGCAGAGCAUGGGACGUCAGCAGAGCAUGGGAUGGCAGCAGAGCAUGGGACGGCAGCAGAGCAUGGGACAUCAGCAGAGCAUGGGACUGCAGCAGAGCAUGGGACGUCAGCAGAGCAUGGGACUGCAGCAGAGCAUGGGACGGCAGCAGAGCAUGGGACAUCAGCAGAGCAUGGGACUGCAGCAGAGCAUGGGACGUCAGCAGAGCAUGGGACUGCAGCAGAGCAUGGGACGGCAGCAGAGCAUGGGACGGCAGCAGAGCAUGGGACAUCAGCAGAGCAUGGGAUGGCAGCAGAGCAUGGGACGUUAGCAGAGCAUGGGAUGGCAGCAGAGCAUGGGACGUCAGCAGAGCAUGGGAUGGCAGCAGAGCAUGGGACGUCAGCAGAGCAUGGGAUGGCAGCAGAGCAUGGGACGUCAGCAGAUCAUGGGAUGGCAGCAGAGCAUGGGACGUCAGCAGAGCAUGGGACGUCAGCAGAGCAUGGGACGUCAGCAGAGCAUGGGAUGGCAGCAGAGCAUGGGACGUUAGCAGAGCACGGGACGUCAGCAGAGCAUGGGACUGCAGCAGAGCAUGGGAUGGCAGCAGAGCAUGGGACGGCAGCAGAGCAUGGGACGUCAGCAGAGCAUGGGAUGGCAGCAGAGCAUGGGACGUCAGCAGAGCAUGGGACUGCAGCAGAGCAUUGGGCGUCAGCAGAGCAUGGGAUGGCAGCAGAGCAUGGGACGUCAGCAGAGCAUGGGACUGCAGCAGAGCAUGGGACGUCAGCAGAGUAUGGGACGUCAGCAGAGCAUGGGAUGGCAGCAGAGCAUGGGACGUCUGCAGAGCAUGGGACGGCAGCAGAGCAUGGGACGUCAGCAGAGCAUGGGAUGGCAGCAGAGCAUGGGACUGCAGCAGAGCAUGGGACGUCAGCAGAGUAUGGGACGUCAGCAGAGCAUGGGAUGGCAGCAGAGCAUGGGACAUCAGCAGAGCAUGGGAUGGCAGCAGAGCAUGGGACUGCAGCAGAGCAUGGGACGUCAGCAGAGUAUGGGACGUCAGCAGAGCAUGGGAUGGCAGCAGAGCAUGGGACGUCUGCAGAGCAUGGGACGGCAGCAGAGCAUGGGACGUCAGCAGAGCAUGGGAUGGCAGCAGAGCAUGGGACUGCAGCAGAGCAUGGGACGUCAGCAGAGUAUGGGACGUCAGCAGAGCAUGGGAUGGCAGCAGAGCAUGGGACGUCAGCAGAGCAUGGGAUGGCAGCAGAGCAUGAGACGUCGACAGUGCAUACGAGAGGGAAUUCCUAA